AUGAUAAGAUUUCGAUCAUAUUUAUUAUCGUUUCGUUCAUUAUUCUAUCAACGAUAUUAUUCAUCAUCUCAAAUUCAUGAUGUUUAUAUAUAUAAUUCAACAAAUAAAUCCAUGGAAAAAUUUGAACCAAAAUAUCCUGGAACAAUAUUUUGGUAUUCUUGUGGUCCAACAGUUUAUGAUAGUUCUCAUAUAGGUCAUGCAAGUACAUAUGUUACAUCUGAUAUAAUACAUCGAAUAUUAAAACAUGUAUUUAAUUAUAAUAUUGUUCUUAUGAUGGGUAUAACUGAUAUUGAUGAUAAAAUAAUUCAUCGUAGUCAAAAGGAAAAUGUUCAUUAUUUAGAAAUAUCAAAAAAAUAUGAACAAGAAUUUAUUGAUGAUAUGUUAAAACUUAAUGUGCAACCACCAACAUUAUAUGCACGUGUAUCAGAUCAUAUACCAUUAAUUAUUAAUUUUAUACAAAAAUUAAUUGAUAAAAGAUUUGCUUAUGCAUGUCCAUCGGGUUCAGUUUAUUUUGAUAUGAAUUAUUAUGGUGAAAAAAAUGAAUAUAAACAUCAUCGUAUGAAUGAACAAGGUUUAUCAUCAUUAGAAGGUGAUAUUCUUAAUGAAAAACGAAAUAUUCGAGAUUUUGCAUUAUGGAAAGGACGAGAUAAAACAAGUAAUGAAUUAAAAUUUCAAUCACCAUGGGGUUAUGGAAGACCUGGUUGGCAUAUUGAAUGUUCUGUAAUGGCUAGUCGAACAUUUGGAUCUCAUCUUGAUAUACAUUCUGGUGGUUUAGAUCUUGUUUUUCCUCAUCAUGCUAAUGAAAUACUUCAAUCAACAGCUUAUCAUGGAAAUAAAACAUGGGUUAAAUAUUGGUUACAUACAGGUUUAUUAAAUACGAAAUCAAUGGAUGAAAAAAUGUCAAAAUCAUUAAAUAAUACAAUACUUAUUCGUGAUAUGCUUAAAACAUAUACAUCAACCCAAUUUCGUUUAUUUUGUUUAAUGCAUGAUUAUCGUUCACCAAGGUCUUUUGAAUCAGCUGCUAUUCAACAAGCAUUAUUUGUUGAUAAAUUAUUUAAAGCAUUUUUUGAUACAGUUCAAGCUUGUCAAAAAGGUCUUGUUGAUAUAUCAUCUUUAUCUGAAGCUGAAACUAUAACAAGAAUAAGAAAUGCACAUGAAGAAAUCAUUGAUGUUUUAGCAAAUAAUUUUGAUACACCAUCAGCAAUGAGUCGUUUACAAGAAUUAGUUCAUUGGAUUAAUUCACAUAUGAAUUAUGACAUACGUGACAAUGAGAAUAUAAUAAAUAACAUUCCAACAUGUGCAUUAUUUCUAGCUGUUGAUUUUAUUCAAUCAUGGCUCGAAAUAUUUGGUAUAGAUAUGAGUUUAUCUGGUCAUGAAAAUCAAAAUGUGUCAUCCGAUCGUAUUUUAUUAGAAAAUGUUAUUGAAAAAAGUGUUCAAUUUCGUACUAAUAUACGUGAUAUAUGUCGUCGUCGAUCAUUAACAGAUGAAGAAAAUCCAAAAAAAUUAUUACUUGAACAAUGUGAUGAUUAUCGUUCACAAAUGAAAUAUCUUGGUGUUGAAAUAAAAGAUCGACAUCAAGGUUCAACAUGGUCAUUUAAAAAAUAA